AAACUCGUUAUUUAUUUUAUAAUGCAAGUAAAAAGUCGAUCGUUAAUACGUAGAAGUAGUUAAUGUUUAAGUGGUAAAUGAUGAGAUUAAACAGAAGAUCAAGUUUAUCAAGAUAUAUAUACAUAUAUAAACAUAUACAUAUAUAUAUUUGAGUAACAUAUAAUAACAAAUAAAAGAUUAAAUAUCAGAGUUAAAUUAUACAGAGGAUCAGAAUAUUAAAAAAAUAAAAUUGCACUGCUGGUUAAUAUUUACGUAGUAAAAGAACAUAAAUAUAUAAAAUAAAUUAUUACAGUCAUCUUGAUCGCGUUUACCCCAUUUUUAUGGAUAGAAAAUAGUAGAGGAAAAGAUGCUGCGGAGGUACUAACGGAAUAUCUUUCGUUCAGGCCAUUAGGGAAAAAGUCUUAAAGAUAACGCAGAAUGAAAGAUAAAAAAAAAUAUAUCGAGACAAAAAAACAUUAAGAAAAGUAUUAUUUGGAAUUACAUUCAAAUGAUUUAUUUUUUGAUGAGUUUUCUCCGAGGAUAUUUUUUUUUUUUUUUUUUUCAUGUCUUUGAAUUUAAAUCAUGAAUGAAAAAUUGACGACAUGAAAUAAAUGGGAGCUGUUUUUUUGUUCGAUACGUGUAAUAAAUUUAGUAUAAUUAUCAGAUGAACUUGCGAGUCGUGUUUGUUAUUUGAAUAUAUGAAUAUCCAUUAGACCGCGUAAAUCACUGCUGAGUAAAAUGUUUAAUCACUGACAGCUAUGACAGUUAAUUUUAUUUAUUAUUACUUGUAAUUAUUUAUUUAAUGUGGUUAAACAAAUUAUUUAUUAUGUUAAUUAACUCAUUCGUAUAAUUUUAAUCUAUUAAGUGAAAUAAAUAAUUUAAGUGUAAUUACUGUUUAUUUUUUAGAAAAAUUUUAUGGGAAUAAUUCCAAUGUCUAUUAGAGUUUUUUUUUAAAUUUCUCUAUUAAAAUUCUAUUUUAAUCGUUACUACACAGAUAUUGAAGAAAAUUACAGGAUAAUAAGAUCAUAAUAUAAUCCGUUGAUUGCAUGGAAUACAAAGACACUUAAAAGCGCGUUCAUUACCGUGUUAAUCAGCUCUCGCGACGAGAUAACGAUUAACAUUCUUGAGGAUUACGUUUUUUUGUAACCCUGAAGCGACCAAGAAAGUGACAAAGACGAUUUUUAAAAAAUUACAAGUAAUAAUGACAGUUUAAAUAAAAAAUAUAAAUUGCUUUAAGAGCUAAGUCAUGUUGUGCUAAAAGUAAAAAUGAGUCGAGUCAUUUACAAUACCCUCGGUGAAUUAAAAUUUUGACUUUUAUAUAUAUAAUAUAUACUUUUUUUUCUGGGAUUGUCAAAGUGUAAAAUCGCGUGAUUAACGACUAGGGUAGUGACUACUGUUAGAAUGAAAAUCAAAAAAUCACUCGAGUAGAUCACGAGGUAACCAUUUACGUCUCUAGAGAAACGAACAAGUUUCUUGGGCUUGAGAGAAAUUUCAAUAAUUACGCGGUCUGAAGUUUCCGGCGAGCCAUGAACUUCGACCUCACUACUCGACAGCAACACUGAGGUUCUCUUUCCCUUCCCACUUACUCACUCUCUUGAGGCUUGUCCUCAUCCCUGUACAUACUUUUGUAUACGUAUAUAUAAAUCAUGGUAAAGUUUUAUGGUAGCGAGGGAAAAUCUAAAGGAAAUGAGAAUUUUCCCUGAUAAUUAAACACCGAUAGUUUUUUUAAAUUUUAAACAAUCGGCUUUUCAAUUUUUCUUUAUCAACUUUCAAGCCCGUUUAUCAUUUUAAAUAAUUAUUUCAUUAUUCUGUUUUACUAUUAAAAUUGCCGAGUUAUUAAUAAUUUAAUUUUGACGUCAAUUUUUUUUUUCUUUUAAAUGACAAAGAUAAAUAUGAGUGUUAUUUAAAUAAUAAAGAUUAAAGUUAAUAAGAAAUUUGAUAAAAGUAGUUUUAAAUUCCACAGAAAGUGUGAGUCCGCGAUAAAACAAACUACCGAUGGAAAUAUAAGUUACAUAAUUUUUGAGUGUGCGCUCUUGCGAUUCAAAUAUUAAGAGUUUUGCGUGUUGAAAACUUGGAGGUUGCAUUUCAGAGUCUCCAAGUAACACUACGAAUACAAAUUAGUAUAUAAAUAUUUUUCUCGUCGUUAAAUAAAUAACAAAGUCAACACAGAUCAAAAAAGUUUGUAAUUUAUGAUGAAUAUAUUCAUGUCAAGAUGACUACUUAUAUAAUGAUAAAAAGAAGUAAAGUGUAUGCCGAAUGAUAAAGAUUGAUCUUUAUAAACAAAUGGAUUCACAAAUGAAAAUUACAGCAAGACGAAAAUCUGAGUCUCCUAAUCCUGGAUUUUUAAUUACGAGAUAAAAAUACUCAUUAAAUUUAUCAGCAAUAAUAAUAAUAAUUAUUAUUAUUAUUAUUAUUGUUAUUAAAUAAAUAUAUAUAAAGUAUAAAGAAGAAAAAAUAAUGAAGAAUAACAAAAAUAAAAAAAUGUAGAUAAUCCUCGAGUUGAAAAAUAAUAAAGUCUAGUAUAAAAAAAAAUUGACGAAGAACGAGAAAAAGUGUAAAAUGGGAGCAGCGAGACUGGUUCUUGGUGGUGCAAUACUUGGUCUUUUUUGGGGUAGUAUACCGCAGACAAUUGGCUCAGAUACUCUAGAUGGAAUCUGUGAAUCAUCACCGUGUGCCUGCGAUCUUCACGGAAGACUCACCUGCGAUUGUGAGAAUAAACCGGAGGAUCUGUUCCUGAGAGCCGAGGGUGAACAUCGUUUGAGUCAACACACCAGCCGAAUAGUAGUACAAAAUUGUCCUUCAGUGGUUCUGAUGAAUUCCAGCUUGGCUUUGAUGACCGGACUAAGAUCAAUCGAGUUCAUAAACAUCAACAACCUGACGCUCUACACAAAAUCAUUUGAACUAUCAUCAAAAACGUCACGUGCCAUAAUAUCGAUUCACACAGCCAACAUCCAAGUCCUUCCAAGUUUUGUUUUUCGCGGCGACAUUGAAUCAAUAAGUCUAGAAAACGUCAAUAUAACGACAGUAAGUGCGUUUGCGUUUGCAAAUUUCGCUGGGACCGAAACUCUGCGAUUAGAAGAAUGCGUAAUAGGAACAAUGGAAGAACAGGCGUUCAAAAAAUUCGACGUUAAUUAUCUGCAUAUAAUUGGCGGCUCGUUUGGUGAUCAAGUACCCAGUCGCGCAAUGAAUGAUCUGGAAGUUUUUACGACAUUCCGCUUAGACGGCGUCAACAUGGGAAUCGUAAGGUCAUCUGCGUUUGUCAUAAAAAAACCAAAGACUGUCACCAUACAAAAUUGUGUUAUCGACGGACUCGAAGGUGAAUCAUUCGACAUAAGUGCACGCGGUCCUGUGCUGAUUAAAAACAAUAACUUCAACAACUUGGCCGCUGGUUCAUUUUUGGGAAUACGUACCGACAAUGACGAGCGAUUGCCGCCAAUAGGAUCCAAGUUACAAGAAAUAACUUUUACAAACAAUACUUUGAAUGAUUUUGAAGAAGGAUCAGUUUUGUUUGAUCGGUCAAGCUUUCGUCCAAUAAUUGAUAAUAUUUUAAUAAAUCGCACGUGUCAGUGUUCGUUAUUAACCGAAUGGAUAAACAAUAUUCUCAAUUACAGCAACGUUUACACGCGUUAUUAUUCCGGUAACUCGGUUAUACAAACGAACAAUAAUUUAUUAGAACCCAUCGAAGAGGGUACGUUUUAUUGUUUAGACAAUAAUGGUGAAGUGACUAGUAUUAGUAGUAAUAAUAAUGCUGGUGGUAUUGUCAACAGUGUUACUAAUUUUCGUGAUUACGAAUUACGCAGAUGUACUAUCGGUAACUCAACAAUGCUACUGUUAGUUGUAAUAACUGUAUGUAUAUUUUUAUUGAUAGUAUCUAUAGUACUGAUAGUAUGGUGUUGCAAAAGACAUCGUGAGCAUGGACAAAAACGUUGGAUAAGUGUACCAACAAGUGCACCGGAUGUUGUGUCAAAGAAAAAUGGUGUUAUUGGACGAAGUGGUAUCAAUAAUUCUGGUGGGGGUGGGGGUAGUGCGGGUGGAACAAAUUAUAAUAGAACACCAGUUGACUCGAGGAUUACGAUGGUUGUGCCGGACGGUAGGCUCUAUCGUGAAACAGAAUUUCAUGUUAUAGUUGAAAAAGCCGAACCUCUUACUACUGAAUUGUAACGAGAGCCUUCGCGCGCCUCAGGCUCGAGAUCGAUUGAUAAUAUCGAUUAUCGUCUUGAUUGUCAGACGAGUAAUCAAUUCAGAUCUGGGGAGCGCGAGUGUCGGGUUUACAAAUUGUAAGAUUAUUUAUUCUUAAUUUUUGUUUAUAUAUAUUGAUAUAUAUAUAAAUAUGAAACAAUAUAUGUGAUGAAAAAUGAGUAUUUUUUUUGUGACUAAAUAAAUAAAAAUUAAUAAGGUUUCGAUGUAUAUGGAUAUGAAAUUAUUCCUUGUGAAAAGACUAUUUAGAUAAGAUAUUUAAUAAUAUAUAUUAUAAAUACUUAUAUAUAUAUAAGGUCGUGAUGACCCAUUGAUAGAUUACUACAUUAUUGAGACUGUCAUGAUGUCAUGAACAAUAAAAAUAACUUUUACCCGUUAGUACAACCGACAUUCUUUGAUGCCUCUAAUACAUAUCAGAGGUUUAUUUAAAUAUAAUUUGAAAUAUCGUAAAUAUAUAAGUGUAAUAAUUUGAAUAAUAAUAAUAAUGAUAAUAUUACUGCUGUAAAUUAUUAAUUUAAAGAACUAGAGUGUAGAUUUAAAAAGCAAUUAGACGUUCAUUAACGUCGGAUGUAAAAAAAAUUUAUUUGAUUAUUUAAUUAUUUAAAUAUUUUUAGGAAAUGAAAAAAAUUUUCCAUGUAUAAAAUAUUUUAAAUUACAUUCCGAGUAAUUAUUUUUUUGUACCAAAAAUUUAAAUAAAAC